AGUGUUGCCGCCAUGGCCGCGAUCAAGCAUCGGCGGACGGCCCUGGAACGAGUGGAGAAGUUCAUCUCCGACACCUACUUCACCGACUGCAACCUGCGGGGCAGGCUUUUUGGGGAUCGCUGUCCGCCGGCAUCGCUCUCCUACUUCCAGACCCCGCGGCGCAUCCCGUACGGGGAGGCUGUUGUGCAGGAAUUCGGGCCGGCUCAGGUGGGAGAAUCCUUCGGGCCCACAUGGGAGACGUGCUGGUUUAAGGUGGAGCUGAGCAUCCCCCCGGCAUGGGCAGGGCGGGAAGUGCACUUCGUCUGGGAGAGCGAUGGGGAGGGCAUGGUGUGGCGAGAUGCCCAGCCUGUGCAGGGAUUGACUAAGGAAGGUGAAAAGACCAGCUACAUCCUGACAAGAAGCCUGAAAGAGUCAGAGCCCCACAGCCUGACACUGUAUGUGGAGCUGGCCUGCAAUGGGCUCUUUGGAGCUGGCAAGGGCAGCAUGAUCGCCCCUCCAGACCCAGACAGGAGGGUUACCCUGAGCAAGGCUGAGCUGGUUGUCUUCAACAGAGAUGUCUAUGAACUGCUGGUGGAUCUGGAAAUACUGCUGGACAUGGCUCAGCUCCUCGGGGAGGAAAACCAGAGGAGUUUCCAGGCACUGUACACUGCCAACCAGAUGGUCAACGUGUGUGAUGUUACGGACCCCUCCACCUUCCCCGCUGCACGGGACCUGGCUGCAGCCAUCUUCAGCCAGAGGAACGGCGAGAGCCAGCACACCAUCCACGCCAUGGGACACUGCCACAUUGACUCUGCCUGGCUGUGGCCGUACGAGGAGACCAUCCGUAAGUGCGCCCGGAGCUGGGUCACCGUGGUGCAUCUGAUGGAGCACAACCCAGAGCUCACCUUUGCCUGCUCCCAGGCGCAGCAGUUCGAGUGGGUGCAGCGAUCCUACCCUGGGCUCUACGCACGCAUUCGGGACUUUGUGGCCAAGGGACAGUUCGUUCCUGUUGGAGGCACCUGGGUGGAAAUGGAUGGGAACCUGCCCAGUGGGGAGUCCAUGGUGCGGCAGUUCCUCCAGGGACAGAGGUUCUUCCAGCAGCAGUUUGGCCGGAUCUGCUCGGAGUUCUGGCUGCCAGACACAUUUGGAUACUCGGCCCAGCUGCCCCAGCUGAUGCGUGGCUGUGGGAUCCAGCGCUUCCUCACGCAGAAGCUCAGCUGGAACCUGGUGAACUCCUUCCCGCAUCACACCUUUUUCUGGGAAGGCAUUGACGGGUCCCAAGUCCUGACCCAUUUCCCCCCUGGUGAUUCCUAUGGCAUGCAUGGGCGAGUGGAAGAGAUACUGAAAACAGUGAAGAACAACAAGGACAAAGGCCGAGUGAACCACAGCGCAUUCCUCUUCGGCUUUGGAGAUGGCGGAGGGGGACCCACACAGAAGAUGCUGGAUAGGAUGAAAAGAAUGAGUGACACAGAUGGGCUGCCCAGGGUGCAGAUCUCCACUCCUGACCAGCUCUUUUCUGUCUUGGAGAAGGAAUCAUCCCAGCUGUGCACCUGGGUGGGAGAGCUCUUCCUGGAGCUGCACAAUGGCACCUACACCACGCAGGCCCAGAUCAAGAAGGGGAAUCGGGAAUGUGAGCGGAUUCUCCACGACGUGGAGGUGCUCAGCACCCUGGCUGUGGCUCAGGACAGAGAGUUCCAGUAUCCUUCCAGCCAGCUCCAGCAGCUCUGGAGGUUACUGUUGCUCAACCAGUUCCACGAUGUCCUGCCAGGCAGCUGUAUCCAGCUGGUGGUUGAGGAUGCCCUGCAAUACUACACAGAGAUCCGCAGGGCUGGUGCUCAGCUGCAGGAGGAAGCUGUGGAAUCCCUGUGCAAGGAUCUGCUGCAGCCUGAGGAGGGGGGCACCCAGAGCACCCUUGUGUUGAACACGCUGUCCUGGGAACGCACCGAGGUGAUCUCCAGGCCUGGGCCAAAUGGAAAAGAGACUCUGGCUCUGGUGACAGUUCCCAGCAUGGGCUACGCUCUAGUGCAGGAGCCACUGGUGCCUCCCCAGCCUGUGGUAGUGUGCGAUGCGGAGGAAGGCUUCAUUACUAUGGAGAACGGGGUCAUUUCUGUCUGCAUGGACACCAUGGGGCACCUGGUCUCGCUUCGGCUGAUGGACUCCAAGAGAGAGUCAAUCGCAGAUGGCUGUGCCAAUCAGUUUGCACUCUUUGAUGAUGUUCCACUGUACUGGGAUGCCUGGGAUGUGAUGGAUUAUCACUUGGAAACCAGGAAGCCAGUGACAACGGUGCUGGAGCCUCUGAAAGUCAUCCUGGGUGGAGGCCUGCGGGGAAGCGUGAGGUUCUCCCUGAAGGUUGGGAAAAGCAGCACCUUAACCCAGGAGAUCAUCCUGGAUGCCAUGUGCCCGUACCUCCGCUUCCAGACCCAGGUUGAGUGGAAGGAGGCUCACAAGUUCCUGAAGGUGGAGUUCCCUGUGGCUGUCCGCAGCACAAACGCCACCUACGAGAUCCAGUUCGGGCACCUGCAGCGGCCAACGCACUGGAACACGUCCUGGGACUGGGCUCGCUUCGAGGUGUGGGCUCACAAGUGGAUGGACCUCUCUGAGCAUGGCUUUGGGGUAGCUCUGCUGAACGACUGCAAAUACGGGGCAUCGGUGCACAGGAACAUCCUCAGCCUCUCCCUGCUGAGAGCACCCAAGUCCCCUGAUUCCACAGCAGACAUUGGGCUCCACCAGUUCACAUAUGCUGUGAUGCCUCACCAGGGUUCCUUCCAGGAGGCUGGUGUGAUUCAGCAAGCCUACAGCUUGAAUUUCCCCCUCCAUGUGGUCCCAGCCAGCUGUGCCAGCUGUGCCCCGUGCCCAGCCUGGAGUGCCUUUUCUGUCAGCUCUCCUGCCGUCGUGCUGGAGACUGUCAAGCAGGCCGAGGACAGAGCUGAGGCUGUGGUGGUUCGGCUCUACGAGGCCCAUGGCAGCACAGUCACCGCCUGGCUCCAGACCUCCCUCCCCGUUCAGGAGGCCGUGCUCUGUGACCUCCUGGAACGGCCGGUUGGAUGGAGGUCCCUGCCGCUGGAGAAACAGGGCCUGAGGCUUUCCUUCACACCCUUCCGUGUGCUCUCCGUGCUCCUGGUCCUGAGCUGCUGACACCAGACCUCGCCCCUUGCUGGUGCUGCAGCCACCUGGACCAACACAGCUCAAAUCACACUGAGCCAAGGGCUGUGCAAGGCAGCAGUUGCAGGAAGGGCAGUGUCCCCCUGUCCUACACCCCAGUAUUGGAGAGCAGCGAUUGAACAACCCCGCUCCUCAGGGGAGGAGGACAGCUGCCCACCAGCCAGGGUAGGUGAUCUUGAAUGAGUUCUGAGCUCAUUUAAGAGUGGACAAAGGUGCAGACAGGCUGGUGGCUCUGCUCCAGCCAUAGAGGUUUGGAGAGCAACAGCUUCCACAGUGCUGUGUCACAGCCUUGUCUAGCAGUGAGUAUAAACACUUAUUCCACUCCUUCCCUUCUCCCCCGUCUGCCCCUUGCACUGCCCUUGCAAAGAGGAAACACAAAUCAAGAGAAUUAGAUUAAAACAAUCUCAA